UCUGAUUACUUUGGAGGGUACCCUCAACCUCCCACUGCUGCAGGCUCUCAACCUGGAUGCUGUCCUGAGCUUCUCGCUUGCACUUCCCUCACCUGAGCAAUUCCUGGCCAAAGUCCCAAUCGGGCGUGGGCCCGCCUCGAGUCUCCCCACCAUAUUCUACUGGCCACUCAGCUGCAUUAAUUUGUCACCUCUGCACCUCCCAUUUCCCAGCUGUACAAACUCCCCAGGCUUCCCCUUUUUUAUUUAUUUUUGCAGAGGCAAUUGUGGUUAAGUGCCUUGCCAGGAUGAAGUAUCUGAAGUUCUCCUGUCAGGGCCAGUGCUCUACCCACUGCACCACCUCCUGCCCCCCAAAGGUGACCUUCUGUCAGGUACCCACGUCUUCACCACACGGUCCCUUUCCAUCUCACCAGUCUACAGCCCCGCCGGCUCACUCCAUCUUUUCUUGCUCUGGCUUCUCAUCUUACCUGUUAUUAGCUAAAUGAUAGGCGACUAUUAAGACUGGUGACUGAUACAAAGGAAAACAGACCUGAAUGGGGGCUAGGACUGAGAGCAUCUGAAAAAUCACUUCCCCCCAAUCUCAAGGCUUUCAGCCAGAGUGGGAAGUAAGAGAAUGAUUCCUUUCAUGGACAUCUAUUAUUUCCACUGCUCCCCCUUAGAUUCCCAGUGUCCUCCUCCUGCCCAUGAUCUAGAUUUUUCUCUUACCUUCAACCAACCCUAACCAUUUUACCUCCAUUGAAGUAAAUUUCCCCUGCUCCCUGACCAUUGCUAGUCAAUCUGGAAGCUGAAUCUCCUUUUAAACAGCACUUAAUAUAUUACUCCCUCUAGAGAUAAAAAGGAAUUAUUCAAAUGGCAAUAAUUGAAGGCAGGAUGACAGGACAUUGAGGAAUAUUUUUUAAGUAUGGUAGGCUUUUGUUUUUCACCCCUCAUGUCAAAUAGGUGGCCAUAUACAAUAACUCUGCAUAGGACUAAUUUAGAUUUAUUCUGGUUUUUUUUUUUUUUUUUUUUUUUACUACUAAAGACACCAUAAUUUCUGCACAACUGAUUUUUCUUCAUCUUGUUAGAAACAGUAACACUAACACAAAUAUACAAGGAAAAAACUAAUCUUCAGUUUGAUGGAUUCAGCAGAUGACAAAGUACUAUUAUGUGCUGUUAGUUUUUCAGAAAUAUAGAAGUGAUAUUCUAAGUCUAUCCUAGAAACUACUAACUUAGCAUCUGCAGAAAAUAUGGGAACCAAAGUUGACAGGUCUUUUUGUGAAUGAAAAGGUUAGGUUAAAAAUAAGUUUACAAGGAAAAAGAAACUGUAAUAAUCUCAUUUUGCCAGAAUCAGAAGAUAAGGAAGUAGUAUAGAUGACAUAUUUCAACUUGACUUUGAAACCGAACCAUUCAAUUUGGAUUAAAUGGGAUCACAUUAUCUUCAUUGAAGAUAUAAUAAAUUUUGAAUUGGGUAGAAACAGAAAAUGAAAGUGAUAAUAGUGUUCUGGCUUCAAGAAUGAUUUCGAGUGGACACAAAGAAGCUAGUGACAAGUCAUGUCCUAUUCUUUGCAAUGUUCUAGAAGAAGACAGAAAUGGCGAAUGGUACUAAAUAGAACAGUAUUCACUAUUUUGUGGACUAGUGAAUUUUGAGUUUUCUUUUGUUACUGAUAAAUGUUUCCCUUAAUUUGGGAAUGAUACUGACAGUGUAGUAAGGAAAGAUCUAUGGAUUGGAUCUUUUUUAAUAAGUUAAAAAUAAAUCAUUUCAACUACAUAAUUUAAAUAAAUAUGAAAAUCACAUCUUGAAUUAAAUAAACAUGCUUUGCCCUAAAAAAUAUCUUAAAUGACCUGAGCCCGAAUUAAGUGAAAGGCAAGAAGAAAAACUGCUGAGAUGUUCCUCUGAUGCAAGUGCCACACCGGGCCAGAUGACCUUUAAUAAAAAACAAAUUUAAAUACUAGUCUUAGGGUGCACUAGAGUCACGUUUAGAAAAGAAGAUAAAAAUAGUAAAUGACAUCAUAUCCAACAGCCAAAUUCCACCAUGGUUACAAUUCAUCUUUUUAAUCUUGCUUCCAAAUAUGUGAAAUUUUGUUAUUGUAAGCAGAUUUCCUUCAAUGCUUUUUCCACGUACCUCCUAGCAAACAUAAAAAUACCAUUUUAUGGCAUACAGUGAAGCCAUAUAAAGUAGCCCAAAUUAUCUAGGUGUUUCUAAAUUACUUAACUACAGUAUGAAAGUGCAAAUGCAUCAAAUUCUAUAUCUGAUCUGAUAUGAAGUCUAAAUUCCACUAAAAAAUGCUAAAGAACCUUUGGCUUAUGAACUGGGAAUGAUUCAAGGUCUAACACAAUGACUUAUUAUAAUAUGGUUACAUGAUUAAUUAGAAAUAUUCUAGAGAGGAUCUGGGUUUCAUAACUAAAGAAAAGAAUUGACUAAUCAAAUUGUCUCUAUUUUUGAUCUCUUUUAUUACUGGAGAACAGUUAGAGUUCAGAGCUACAGCAAAUACCCUGAAGCAUAAUAUAUAGCUUUAAUCAUCUAUUAAAGUUUACCAGAAAAAUAGAUAUUUUUCUACACUGCAAAGACUUUCAUGAUGAAUUAAACCUUCUUAUAAUAAUGUUAUAGUUGCAAAUUUCUAUUGUAUAGAAAGGACUUUUGUUGAAGUCAGAAAAUACAUGUUAUUUAUAUGUAACAUGUUGGAUAAUUCAGAAUCCAAAUGGUUAUUCUGCCAUUCUACUAGCACACCGGAUCACUUGCUUGGGCACAAAGAAAGCCAUCCUGGCUUAGUGACCUGAAAAAUCCUGCAACGAUUCAUGUGUUUUCCUAUGCUUUUAAGUCUUUUUAAUAUGAAAUAGGAAAUUUACCCCACUGUUGAUUUUUUGAAAUACUUGUACCCCUUCUUAUCCAAUUGCUCACAGCACAAAGAAAUAAUUAUCAAAGAUCAAUUAAUAAACAAGUCUACAGUGACCUAUCCUUCACUCCUCCUUUUUGAUUCUUUAUUCCCCUCUUUCACUUUUCUAUCACCUUCAUUUCUGAAUAUAUUGUUCUAUCCUCCCCAGGGUAAAAAGGUGAUGAAGUGGCUGGAGAAUAUUGGACUUGGAGUUAGGGAGAUCGCACUUCAAUUCAAACCCAUUUUCAGAUGUUCUCAAAUGUCCUUCCAGCUAGUUUUGAGCUGUGUAGUUCUGGACCAAGUAACUGCUUCCUAACUCAGGUCACCCAUCUGUAAAAUGUAAAUAAUAGCACCUCCCUCCCAGAGCUACUGGAAAGAUAAUGCCAUUUAUAAAGUGCUUUGAAAACUAUAGAGUGCCAGGUCAACGUUGGCUUUUAUAAUUACAGUGGUCCAGAAUGACCUCUUCUAUAACAAAGUUUUGGGGAUAAAAAGACAAAAUUAGUUGCCAGUCUGUGAUGUCAUCAGUGAGCAAUUUCUUCCCCACGAGGACUAAUCAUAACACUCCAAGGUUUGCAAAGCGCUUUACUAUGUUAGCUCAUUUGAUCCUCAAAGCAACUCCUAGGUUGCCAUUCUAUGGCCUGAGGAAGAUCCCACUGCCAAUAAAUGUCUGAGGCAGAAUUGGAGCUGUGGUCCUUCCUUCCCACUGCAAAUCCAGAACUCUCUGCACUGGACUGGAAGCAUCCCUCAUAGGCCUAGGGGCAAUUCAAGACAGAACAGAUGAAAACGUAAUUGGGAAAGCUGAGCCAAAUAAACAGAAAUACAGCCCAACACAGAAAAUGCCAAAUCGUGGUUUUCUAAUUCAGGAGGUGCCGGCUGGGUAUUUGAGCCUGGCAAAAGCCAGCCUGAGACUCAGCGAUGGGGGCUCAUUUGGCUGGUCCUGCUCCCCUGUCCUUGAUGAGAAAAGGCCUUCUUUUGCGAUCCAUAAAUGCCUUUUUCCUUUGCACCACACCCCCCCUCCCACUUUUUCAUGCUCUUCCCCUGGGCUCACCCUUCCACUGAAAUCAGCAAUAGCAAACUGGAUGCGGGCUUGGUCUGGGAGCUCCCAUCCAGGCCUUUGGGGGAACAUCAGGGCUUCAUCUUCUCCCCCAGGGACCGCAGGGGUGCCUGUUUGCCUCCACUUGAUAACAGCUGGGCCGCAUGAAGCUGAGGAAGGCGCUGACCCUGGCCCCCUCAUUUGACAGGGGCCGGGCAGGUAAGGCCCAUUUUAGACCUGGAGACCCCAAACCGAUUGUUGUGUGUCAGUGUGCAGGGCGGCUUCUGAUCCCAGCUCUGGUGCUUUUUAAUUCUAUGUCCAAAAGCCUCUCCGUUUCCUCAUUUAAAACCACGAGGCAGCACGGGAGAGACAGAGGGUAACCUCAGCCUCGGGACACCGGGGUGCCCGGCAGGGCAGUGACACAGACUGUUCCUGUGCCCUUACUCCAGGGCUUGAUCGCUCCGGAUGCCGGGCAAGUCCAAGCAAGCUACGGGGCAUGUGUGUCUUCUGCAGGGAGAAGAACUUUCUGAGGCCGGCCGGAGGUCCAGAUCCGGCGGGGAAAGAGUCCGUUUCCCGGGGUGGUUAGGAAGAAAACAGCCGGAGAACACCACAAAGUGCCCCCUAGUCUCAGAGAUGCGCUACCGUGUUACAGGGGAAGGCUCCCGAAGAUUGUGGGGACAUUCUGCAUGUGGAAAGUGCACAUUUCAAAACAUGACUUAAAUGUUUGUUACCGACACUGAUAGCAGAGACUUAUCUGUGCUGAAAAGGUCCCGUUUAAGGCAGGUAGAGUGACCUGAAUGAACAUGCAAAGGACCCAGAAUGACGCCCCUGGGGCUCGGGUGGUGGCGGAGGAGACCGGAAAAGGCUCCCUGCCGAGGCGGCACCGGAGUCCAGGCUCAGAGAGCCGAGAUUUCACCAGGCAGAGGCGGAGAGGGAGGCGCUCUGGGCCUGGGGGCAAAGCCCCAGGGGCGCGCAGGGAAGUGCGCGGCAGAGGCACCGGCCAGCGGGCCCAGGCAGCCGGGUCAGAGGGGGGGCGGGCAGGGCUGGGGGAGAAGGGGGACUUGCAGGCGGGCAGAGGGCUCCUGCCUCCUCCCGGAGACACGGCGGGCGGCUGCGCGUGUGGGAGUGUGACAUGGUCACUCGUGGUUCUGGACAACCAUUCGGGCAGCUAAGUGGAGGGGAGAGAUCCAUCAGAGAGCUACUGCGGCAGCCCAGGGAGGAGGUCAGGAGAGCCUGGGCAAGGUUGGUCGCGAAGAAAAGGGGAUAGCCUGGGGGGGCUCGAUGACAGGUUCUGAAACUGAGGGACACCCCGAGGUCGGGAGCCCGAAGGGCCGACCCCCCGGCGCCCUCCACCUGCCCAGGAAAGGGUGUGUUUUACCCAGCUCCCCUGGUCCCCUCCAAGCUUUUUGGAUAACGCCCCAGAAUUGUUGGGGACGCUCCAACUCGUGGCGUUCAGUUCCAACAGGAGAAAUUCGGCAAGACUUUCAAAAAGCGAAGUCAGUUGUUUCGCCUCACGUGUCACCCGUCUGGAAAACAGUUGAGAAUCUCCACUAAAAGACUUUCACAUUUCAUUUCCGUGUAUUUCCUUCUGACUGGCCCAGGAACAAAACAUCACCCAAACCUACAAAAUAAACUGUCAAAAAUGAGAGGACGGCACUCAGAGCUCCCAGCACGGUGGGGAGGGGAGGGGGGCUUGGACUUUCUGAGGUGCUUUGCCCCAGGACCCGCGAGGUCAGCAGGCAGUGAGCCUCUCCCUAUUAUUUCAGGGGUUCGAGCGGCUCCGUCCCACGGGGUGCGAAUGGUUCCGCUAGGGGGAGGGGGUGGCGGCCUGAGCGAGGUCUGUUCUCCCCCGGGCACGUCAGCCGUGGCUGCUCUUGGCCCGUGGCCGAUCCAUGCUCUCUUUCGGCCGAGCCGGGGCCGGCCCCUCGUGCCCAUGCUUUACAAAGGUUGCAGAUUUGGGGCGCCUCUGGCUCUUUUCCCUGCGGUUACUGGUCUUCCAAAAGCGCCACUGGAGUGAACGCUCCAAAGUUUCUUGCACGAGUGUCGCGGGCUAUUCGGGUACUGCCUCGCAUCUUUAUUUGGGGGGGACUUUUUUGGGAUGGCGGACGCGCAGAUGUACAUUUCCUUGACCUCUCCGGCAGGUGACAGCCCAGCGCCGGACUCCUAGUGAAAGGCGCCAGUAGCUGGCAAGACCCGGGUUUGCAUGGAUCAUCACACCAGCGAGGUGUCCGGGGGGAGGCGUGGGGCGCCCCUUAGCGACCACCUCCCCACUCGACGCUCCCCUCUCUACAAAGUAAGGGGCAGGAGUGACCCAGCUCUCGAGAACCGGGCGUGGAGGGUACCCGCCCGAGAGUCGUCGCCCCUUCGCGGCCCCGGAUCCGCUAACCCCCCGGCGGAGCCGGCCUGUGGGGCCCCCAGCCACGUUCAGCCGGCCGGGCGGGGAGAAAGGGGGCCGCGGAGCCCCGAGGCGUCGCUCCUCCGCCUUACAAAGGCUUUCGGAGCGCUCCCGUCCCCCUCGGACUACAAGGUCCGGCAUGCAUCGAGCCUGAGUGCGGAGCCGCUCACCGCGCCUCGGCCGCGCGAGACCUUGGGAAAUGAAGUCUCAGGGGUCUCGGAGCCAGAGAAGCCUCCGCGAAUCCUAAGGGGAAGACUUGGAGGGGGUGGGGCCCUCCGGUUCUGCGACCGCAGAGAAUGGAGAGGGAAGAGAGUGACACGUGUCAAUCAGCCCUCCUCCGCCCCGCCUCUUCCCCCGCCCCCGCCGGGGCGGGGGAAGAGGGAGCGCAAGGGAGGCGCGCGCUCCGGGGCUCGCGCCGAGGGCUCGCGCCCCCGCCUCGUGCCUGCGCCGCCCGUAUGUAAAUGAGGGCGCGUGACGCGGGACGCAGAUGGACAAGGGAAGAGGGAGAAUGGCCGCUGCUGCCGCCGCCGCCGCUGCCGCCGCCGCUCAGUGCCGGAGCCCUCGGUGCGCGGCGGAGAGGAGAGGAUUCCGGCGGGAACUCGAUUCUUGGCGCCACCGCCUCAUGCACUGUGUAGGUUUUGAAAGUAUUUUAGAAGGGCUUUAUGGACCAAGGCUACGAAGAGACCUCAGUUUAUUUGAAGACUGUGAACCAGAAGAACUGACUGACUGGUCUAUGGAUGAGAAAUGUUCAUUUUGUAACCUACAGAAAGAAGCAGUCAGUGAUUGUACACCAACUCUUGGUUCUUCACAGUCAACGCCUACCGAGGAACUAUCAUCUCAGGGCCAGUCCAACACUGAUAAGAUUGAAUGCCAAGCAGAAAAUUAUCUAAAUGCACUCUUUCGAAAGAAAGAUCUUCCUCAGAACUGUGAUCCUAACAUUCCCCUAGUUGCUCAGGAAUUAAUGAAAAAGAUGAUACGUCAGUUUGCAAUUGAAUACAUUUCAAAAAGUGGUAAAAUUCAAGAGAAUAGAAAUGGUUCAGUUGGACCAAGUCUAAUAUGUAAAGGUAUCCAAAUGAAUCAAAUAGAAAACUCCCUUCAGGAAGAGCAGGAAGGCCCCCUAGACCUCACUGUGAAUCGAACUCAAGAACAAAAUACUCAACAAGGGGAUGGAGUAUUAGAUCUCUCUACAAAGAAAACCAGCACAAGAUCCGAAGAGUCCUCAACAUGUGAUCCAUCUUCUGAAAAUUCUAUGUCUGGUUCAACUCUUGAUGCAAAAUCAGAGGAAGCUACUAAAAUGGAAAAAGGAAAAUCAACAUUAAACAAAGUUUUGGAAUCAUUGUGCACAUAUCACCAGCAACAAAUUUUGGCUAUGUUGAAAUUUCUAAUUCAAGAGCAAAAUGCUUCUUCACUUUGCAGUUGCAAUUCAUCACAUGCUCUGUCUUCAGAAUCUCAAAAAUCCCUCACUGAAGAUGAUUUGCAUGGUCUGUUGUGUAGUUGUGGUGAAUAUAGGCUAAGAGAAAUAGGGUGUUUACAACAUGAAAGACAAAGCUCUGGCUUAGCACCCCUUUCAGUGUGUUUUAAGGAUUUUCAUUGCUUAUCUUGCCAAACUGUAGCUAUUGAGCACAUUAAGACGGUAGUUAGCAGAGAAAUUGCCAACAGUUACAAUCCCCACAGGUGCUGUUCUAGACUGUUACAAAACUGUAACAGUCACUCUGCAAGAUCAUCCUUUUGUACUCCUCUUUCCUUACCUGAAGUAUGUGAUCUGUCGAUCAAUAUUAAAGAUACUACCAGAUCUCGGAGUCCUUCACCACCACCAUUAUCACCCAUACAGACUGAAGGAUUUGAAAAAUUUAAAGAUUCAAUCUCAGGCAUUUCCGCUUUAGAAAACAACAAACUUGAAGCAAUUAUCAAUCAGCCUCCAUCUCUCAUCCCAGCAGAAGACAACAAGAACACUUGUGAACAUGAAGGUAAAAUACGCAAAGCAAACACAGCUGAUAACUCGGAUGACUCUUUGCUCAUAGCAGAAGAAAGCAGUUGUUUUAUAAAUCAUGAGAAAAUGGAAAAAGGUGAAAGCACUACGAUUUUUCAAGAUUUAAUGGAACGAAUUAAUGAAAAGUUGAAAUCAAUUGAAACUACAGAUAUAACAAACCUUGUAAAAGUAUCUAGUAGUGAUAGUAAUACUGAAAAUGAUAAUCUAAGGUUAGGAGAUUUAAUAACAUCUCUUUUGCAUAAUGCAAAGGCUAGUGAUUAUAGUUUUAUGGAGCUAUUGAGUCAACAUGAUAAAAAAGUUGAAAACAAAAUUAUACAGACAAGAUUUCGAAAGCGUCAGGAAACCUUGUUUGCAAUGCAUAACUCUCCUGAUUCACCUUUGUUUAGAAGGCAGUCUUUACAAAUAAAGAGAGAAAUUGCUAGCCUUGAUGAAAAUUUUGCAAGAAAAAAGUCAUCUGAAAAAAUUUCAAAGAAAUUGAUAUGCAAUGAUGAGAGAGUAUCAGUAGACCGAGAAUCAUACUUUUUAGAAGACACUCCUUUCCAAAAUCCUAAAGUCCUUCAAAGUUCUAAUCAUGAAGAAGCAUCUACAUUUUUGCCAGUCUAUGAAAUACAAUCAUUGCAGCUACCUCUUCAUAGUUUGGAAACGAACUCUAAUUUUGACACGAUUUCAGAAGGCUUUCCAGCUAUAAAUCCAGAGAAUGCAAGCCUAACAAAAUCACAGAAAGAAUUUAUAACUGAAAAGAAAAUACAAAAUCAUAGAGGAAAUCCUAGAUUUGAAAGCAAUCAUAUUCCUCUGAAGGAUGAUCUUACUGGGCUUUUAAACAGAAGUAGGCGAAAUAUUGUGCCUCCUGGGUGGUAUUCUGUAUAUGUAACAAAUAAUUUUGUAUUUAAAAAAUCUCCUAAGGCUAAAAAGUCUGCAGAAAAAGAUACCAUGAAAGAUCUUCAAGUUGAUAGAUCAAACAACAUAGACAUAAAUGAAAUUGCAAGGAAUACAAAUUUGCAGGUUGUCGUGGAACGUUUAGAAGAUACUAUAAAUAUGGCCAAAAAUACAUUGGAAAAUCAACCAUUAUCAGAGGGAUUUAAAAUAUCCAGAAAGUUGAAAGAAGAUGUUCAUUGUAAAGACCAAAAUGCUAUUAAUAAUUUGAACCUUUGUAUGAGUGAAACAUGUAAAGAACAAAGUUUCUUAUCCCAAACUAAAGUGUCAUCCAGCAAUGGUAAUAAAAGCAAUUGUCUUGUAACAGUAGAACAUGCAAAUGUGAUAGAUCAAAGACUUGAAGGCAUCAAAAAAAACCACUUAGCUUUGGGUAGUUUGUCCUCACAGACAAGGUCUGAAGUUGUAGAAAAUUCUUUUUCUAGUUACUCUAGUCCUAUCAAACUCAUGUUUCUCUCAGAGGUUAAUAGCAGUGAAGGAAUUAAAUAUACUUUAACAUCUGUCAGUACUUCUAAUGCCAACCUCUGUUCGUUUGAAAAAUGCCCAACUAGUCUCUCAAUAGGAAAAGAAACUGAAAAAAACAAGGGCAUCCCAGAUGCGUGUUUUGGUGAUUAUAGCUGUAAUACAGAAAGUAACAUUUCACAAGGAGAAAAAUCUAGUUGUGCAAAAGAAACUGUAGAACCCUGUUCAGCAAAUGUAACUGAAGUGAGUAGUUGUAAGCAGCAGGAAGAAUGUGCAGAUCAAUCAAGUGGUGCUAGUGAGUCAUCUUUUAAAAGGAAACCGGGUAGACCCAAGAAAAUAGGUCCUCAAGUUGUAAAACAGGUUAAGCGACCAAUCGGAAGGCCACCCAAACCCAAAGUUGAUACAGUAGAUAGCACUGUAUGCAGAAGCGAGCACAUCAGCAGUUUAGGGAAGAAAAAUACAGACCCCCUGGUGACAGGCUUAAAUGAGGGCAUUGGGAGAAAAAGUAUCACGGUGACUGUUGUUUAUGGAAGGUCAAGAAGAAUUAAAAGGCACGUUUCAGAAGGUAGCUUAGGCAUUACCAUGCCUCUAAGUAGUAGUGGUGCUGAUUUUUUGCAUGAAUAUAAUGGGCUAAAACCUAAGAAAGCAGGAGAAAUUGGUCUGAAUGAAAGAAUGACUGCUGUCCCGAGUUUGACUACUGAAAAGGAGAUCUUUGCAUCUGGCUACGAACACAUUAGACCUACCAAGAACAAAUCUGUGUUACCUUACCCUUACAGCAAUAUUAUUCGGACAAGCCAGAAGCCUUUGACAGUAAUUAGGAAACCUGGUAGACCUGCCAAAGUUAAAAUCUCUGGCAUAUCUGUGACUAUAAAUAGAGUUUCACCUCAAGAAAGAAAAGUGUGUUUAAGCAGCUGCUUGCCUCCUUUAGACCAAGACAGUAUGCUAGAAAAAAAUCUAUCACUAGAGAAACAUGAACACCAGUGCAAUAAAAUAGAUAAAACAAAAAGCAGUCAAGCUGAUUUAUUUGAGGAGAGAUCAAGGAAUAUGCCUUCUCCAGUACCUUUGAGACAUUCUGUUAGGGACAGAAAGCCAUCUCUGCAUUUUUUACAUUCCUUAGCGUCUUCUAAUUCAUUUGCUUAUAGAAACAACUUGCUACGUAAAUCAUAUAAACUACAUUUCCAAAAAACUAAAGAUCACAAAGAAAAAUGCAAAUAUUCAAAUACAAAAAUAGCUUCCAAAGAUACCUCAGGAGCUCGAAAUUCAGGUAAUAUGAACAAGAAUCUUGAUGAUGGUAAAUUCACAACUAUUAAUGAAGUAUCAUUGGAUCCCAUUUUUUCAUCAAGCCCCUCUCUUAGGUGGUGGGCAACUACUACUUCAAAUGAUUCCUUGUUAGAGGAGUUAAAUAAUAGAUUUGAGCAGAUAACUAAUGCUUGGGUACAAGUAAAUGGAAAUGAAACAGAAAAUUGUCUUCAUGAAGCAAAAAGCUACUUAGAAGAGGAUGAUAAUUUUAAAGUGCCAAGCCCUUUGAAAACCUGCCUUUUAGAACUUGAAGUCUCACCUGUAAAAAUGCUUUUUCAGAAAAAGUGUGACAUGAAUGAGCUAUGUACCUGGUUUAUGCAAACAACAGAAACACAGUCUCUUUCAUUAGUUAGAAAAGCAAAUGCUCGAAAUCCUUUGGAGGUAAUUAAUACCAGAGGAAUCAAAGUCGGAAGCAAACAAUCUGAUCAUAAUACUAGUCUUUUCAGAAAGCACUUUAAAAAAUUUGCACUAUCCUCUCCUUCAAAAUCAGCAGGGAAAUUACAAAUAUUACGUAAAAUUGUUAGAUCUCCAGUCUUAAAUGUGAAGAGUAAUUUCACACUAGCCAGAUUGAGGAGAACUGAAUUUAAGAGACUGCAGCAUGAACGAUGGAGACAGGUAAAAAAACUUCAUAAUCAUGGAACAGUCGAUUGGAAAUCUAAAAAAAGGAACUUCAGAUUUUUCUGCCAGAACCAGUUUUUAAAUAAGACUACAGAGGGAACAAAUGCCGACAUCACACAUCAAGGAAAAAGCACAGCAGAAAAUCAGCAGUUGGUCUUAGCACCUGAAAUCAGGGAUGCUUUUUUACAACAGAAGGUGGAAUUGCCUGAUCACGGCACACAUGCUAGUUUAGAAAGCAUUUUAAAAUUACAUGCUAAAGAGAAUGAAACCAAGUUUAGCCGUAAAGAUUUUGGGAAGGUUGCAAGACAAGGAAAAGUGUGUUCAAGCUCCUGGAGGUCAAAAACCUUUAAAGACUGCAGGAUAUUUUUGAGGAAAAUCAACCAUAUUGAACAAAGAAAUCCAUUUCAGCUAAACACAAUCAUUUAUUCUCCAGAAUCUAUUGAGAGUGGAAGUAAUCAUCAGACUUAUGUUGAAGAAACAAAGCACUGUAACUUAAGAUCUCAUUCUGCCCGUCAAAAUUCUCUUAAAAGACAAUCUGCAGCAAUAGAAAAAUCUAAAGCAAAUAAUCCUUCACCUGACACUUUUGCUAGCCAACUUGAUGGCAAUAAAUUAGACAAACACAUUAAACUUGAUAAGAAUGCUUCUGAUAGUUCUGAAGUUAUUAGUAAAUUGAACAAAAGAAAAAGACCCUCAUGGAAGACCACUGAAAUGUCAACAAAAAGACAUAAGCGACAGUCUUGUAACAGUGGACAAAUGGCAAACUAUUAUUCAAAAUACCAAUUGGGUAAGUUUUUCUCUCCCUGAUUAUAAAAUUUCAUUCUAGGUGUCAUGAAAAAGGUAAAAGUAAAUAAGUAGAUAAAGAGCAGCUUAUUUGUAGAUUUUUUUCUCUCCAAAUAAUAUUUGAAAAAUUUAAACCACACCAGCUAAAUCUUUUCAAAUUCAAAUAAGCUUUUCUCUGUAUCUCCAAAUUUCUAGAAUUUCAACAAGAAUUAGAAGAGGUAUAGACAUUUUGACCUACUUGAAGUUCCAUCUUUUUACAGUAGUCAAUUUUUUUUAAAUUACCUGGAUAUUUGCACAGAAUUUUACCUAAUUAGUUGACUAAGCCCUUUCAUCAUUAAAACUUUAGAUGUGUUUCACCUAACACAUGUAAACAGAGCGAUGGUGCAGUGUGGUGACAGUUACAGAUGGUAAGACAUGACAAUUACUUGGAGGUGUGAAUCUCAUCCACUAUGCCAUUCCUUCUUCCUGUCUUCCUGGGAAUUUAGAUUAGGCCCUUCUUUAUUAAAGGUUAGAGAAUGAGCAAAAGUAUUUCAGCUUAAAGUCUUCUCACUUCCUUUAUUGUUUCUACUCAGAAAUUAUUUGUAAGAAACCCAAUAUUGGUGCUUUUCAGACACUUUCCAUAACCAGAAUGCUGCUUUUUGGCUGAAGUUUGAUUUCCUUUAUUGGUCUAACAGUUGGUAAACUUUAUUUUGUUUAUACAACGAAGCCAAGCAGUACAAGGUAUUUUGGUGUGAUUCCUGUUGUCUUAUUGACAAGAAAUGGUGCAAUUGUAUAUUUGGAAUGAAUGAGUUUGAUACUAUGUGUUGUAAUUACACAGUUAUGCUAUAAAAUUAAAAACUAAAGACUUAAAAAAACUUUGUUAUUAUCUAAUAAAAACAGACAUAAUAUUUUUUUAAAAGCAUGAAAGAUAAUGUAGUGAGCUUUGGGGCUUUAACAUGGUAAAACAAAUUAGAUAAGUAUUCAGAAAUUAGAAUUUUAAAAUACUAAUUUUAGUAACAUGCUAGCAUAUAAGUUAAACUGAAAUCUUUAUUAAGUAAAUAUCUCCAUUUUAAUAAAGAAAUUGAACUUAAAA